AUGCGUAACUCAGAAUCCGCCCAGCGUAACCGGGUGCGUAACCGCCCUUUUGCCGGCGUCGAGGCCGACCGCGAGCGUAACUCGAAAUGGCGCGCCGCCCGUCUGCACGGCAUCGCCAUGUGCGGCGAGUUCGUCGGCACCACGUUGUUUCUGUGGUUCGCCUUUGCCGGCGCCCAAACCGCCAAUGCAACCGGCGGCGUCGCCAACACCUCCAGCGAAGUCAUGCUCACCUCCCUGAGCUUCGGAUUCUCCCUCCUGGUCAACGUGUGGGCCUUCUAUAGAAUAUCCGGUGGUCUGUUCAAUCCAGCGAUUACCCUCGCCAUGGUCAUUACCGGCAACGUCCCCUGGCUGCGUGGCCUGCUCCUCCUACCCGCCCAGCUGCUCGGUGGCAUCGUUGCCGCAGCCCUGGUUCGAUGCAUGUUCCCCGGCCCGUUGGUCGUUGGUACGGCGUUGAGUGGCGGCACGACACCGGCGCAGGGCGUCUUCAUUGAGAUGUUCCUGACUUCGCUGCUGGUCUUCACCGUCCUGAUGCUGGCCGCGGAGAAGCACUACGCCACGUUCAUGGCGCCCGUGGGAAUUGGGCUAGCCUUGUUCGUCGGUAUGCUGGCUGGUGUCCGUUGGACCGGGGCAUCCCUCAACCCAGCACGGAGUUUUGGCCCGGCCGUCGCCACACCCUAUUUCCCCGGCUACCACUACAUCUACUGGUUCGGCCCUAUCAUGGGCUCGCUACUCGCCGCCGGCUACUACUCGUUCGUCAAGUACUUCAACUACGAGGAGGUCAAUCCAGGUCAAGACGCGAUCGACCCGCAUGAGAAGGAGAGACACGAGCAAGCGGUUGAGUCCACGGCCUAA